CAAGCAACACGUUCUCUCGUCACUAGUGCGCUACAGUUUGCCGCCGUUCAUGUACGCCACACCACGUACUAUCCGCUGAUAAUACUGACUUCGUCGUCGCCGCCGUAGUUUGUUUUAUAAUUGUUGUGGUUUUUACAAUUUAUUUUUAAUUGUCGUACGAACGCCAGUGUUUUACGUCCAGACGUCGUGCCAUCGUCAGGAGAUAUUCUCGUUUUCAGUCGCAUAAAACCGCAUCAAAAUGGGUUUUGGAACAUCCACGAUCAAAUACAUUUUGUUUUUUUUCAACUUUGCGUUCGCCCUUUCCGGACUAGCACUGUUGGCCUUGGGUUUGUUUACCCGGUAUUAUUCAACGAAAACUGAAGAACUGGCCAAUAAAGCAUCUGGAGAUGCAGCUGGUCUUGCGGCUUUGGCAUUCAUCAUCAUCGGUGGAGCUAUAUUCAUUGUGUCGUUCUUCGGCUGUUGUGGAGCUAUCCGGGAGAGUCAUUGCAUGAUCACAAUGUACGCAAUGUUCCUGUUGGCAUUCUUCUUGUUGGAGGUAGCCGUCGGAGUUUUCUUAUACGUGAACCGGGGACAAGUGGAAUCAAUCACUCGAAAAUCCUUAACUACAGUUUUUGAUGAUUAUUCAAAUAAAUCGGAAUCACACGCUUUUGUCGAUGAAAUACAACAUGACUUUUCCUGUUGUGGCGUAGACGGACCGAACUACUGGACCGAAAAUAACGCGGCUGCUAUACCGCACAGUUGUUGCCGCGAUGAUGGUGGCCAAGGAACGACAUGCUCUAAGGCUCAGGCAUGGCAGGAUGGUUGUCUGCAAAAGUCUAUCGACUUGGUCAAAAGCACGUCAGGCAUGCUAUUCAAGAUCAUAAUGGGUAUUGCAGGUGGAGAGCUGGUCGGUAUCGUUUUUGCGCUGUGCCUGGCGAGCAGCAUACGGAACGAAGAACGUCGACAAGGAUACGCUUAAAUGUAGCAGCGACAUGAUACAUUAUUAUAGAAUUAAGUAUACAUUUUCGUGUCACAUUCUAUCGAGUAAAACUAUUUCCUUCCUAAACAUAUUAUAAGCCUUUUUGUUGUGCCGAUUUGAAACCAUCCAACAAACCAAAAUCCUAAUAAUAAUUUUUAAAUUUCAAUUUUUCGUGUCACAUUAUACACAAACACCCCCACACGAACACACAAAUGCACUCUGGCAUUUUGAUUUGUAACAUUUUUUUUUCUCGUAUUUAGAAAUAUAAUUAAUUAAAUGUCUUAAUAAAUUAUGUAAACAUGUUAUUAUGAUGAACGAAAAAGGAGUAUGAUAAUGUAUAAAUCACUUUUUUUUUUUAAUUUUAGGGUAUUUAUUUUAUUAAUUGUAAAAAAUGAAUAUCUGUUUUUAUUUUAUAAAUUAUAUUAUUAUUAUAAUGAUUAUAACUUUUAUUAAAUUAUUCCAUGUAUUCGAGUAGAA